AUGGAUACACAGAAAAAAAUCCAUCAUCGUUAUCUCUGUGGUGGACUUUCUAAAUUAAAAGCUUCAUCGGAGCACACUGAUAUCAUACUUGUUGUCGAAGAUUGUAGCUUCCCGUGCCAUCGUACAGUUCUGGCAGCCAUGUCUUCAUACUUUUGUGCUAUGUUCAGCUCCGGAAUGAGAGAAAGUAACGACAAAAUUAUUACUUUAAAGGGAAUUGCACCUACGCACUUUGAAAAAGUGCUUGAUUUCCUCUACACUGGAGAAAUUGAGCUGAGUUAUGAUUCAGUAGUAGAUAUCCUACAGAUUUCAUCCAUGUAUCAGAUUCAAGCUUUGCAACUAAUUUGUGAAAAAUAUCUUGCUAAAGACCUUUGUGUUCAGAACUGUAUCAUAAAUUGGAAACUAUCCACUUCUUAUAACUGUCAAUAUUUGGAAGAGAAAUCAUUUUGGCAAAUGACUGAAAAUUUCCCUGAACUAAGAAAUUCAAACGAUUUCUUAGAACUGAACACAGAUGAAUUGAUAAAAUUCAUUGAUGCAGAAUAUUUGAAUGUAGAUAAAGAAGAAGAAGUUUUGGAAAUUGUUAAAGUCUGGUUAGAUCAUGAUUUAGAGCGAGCUGAAAGUAAUUUCAUGGAGAUUUUAAAAUAUCUCCGUUUACCUUUAAUGGAUGCUAAUGUUGUCAAUCGUAUUAUGCAUUCUUGCUUUUGUAUAAGGUCUAACAAAGAUUUUCAAGAGCAUAUUCAAAAAGUUAUGAAAGCCAACCAAAAUUCACCCAUUGCAGGAAUAGAAAUACAUCAGAGUAUAUUUAAGCCCAGAAAAGAGCAUGCUUUAGUCAUGGUGGAUGGCCGAAGACAGGAGGUUUGCUGCUUCACAUUACAUACAAAGAAACUUUACUUCCUAGCUAAAUUUCCUUACUUUUCCAAUUCUAAAGCUGCAUGUGUACAUCGUGAGGACAUUUACGUGUCUGGGGGAUCAGACCAGCCAAGAAAAAUGGUCAGAUUCACUACAGAACAAAACAAAUGGGAGAACUGCUGUGAUCUGCUAGAGUCUCGUUACUUUCAUGCUAUGAUUUCCGUUGGAGACUAUAUAUUUAUACUUGGGGGCUACAGCAAGAUUUCAUCCAGUAAUCCAACAGGUGUUGAAAAAUAUGAUCCUUUGACAAAUGUGAUGACGACUGUUGGUGAAAUCCCACACCCAGCCGGUAAAAUGUCCGCAACUGCUGUUGGUGAAAUCAUUUACAUGUUCGGUGGGAGCGAGGAUCGUUUUGACUAUCUUGAUAAUGACAUGUUAUUUAAACCCACAGUUUUUCAAUACUUCAACACUCAAACCAAUGUGGCUUGUUUGCUUGGAUCUUCCCCAUCCAUCACUGUAGGAAGCCAGGCUCUGACUGUUGAUGACAAUGUUUACAUCUUCAGUCCAAAUGGGAAUGUAUUGAUCUUAUCAGAUGAGAAAACACCUACCAUUGUCCAUGUUCUCAAGACUUUUGAUCAAAAACAUUUUAGGGUUGUCUAUCAUCAUGGUCACUUCUUCAUGCUGCAGCUUGCUGCACCAAAGUUUCAGGAUGAAGUUCUUGUAUUGUCGUGGAAUCCAGACACAAAAGAGGAGUACAUUGUGCUGUGGGACAAGUUGCCAAGAACACUUUUGGAUUCUCAUUGGAUGAAAGUUGCCAUUGGAAAACAACAUUUGCGAUAUGAAUGCAACAGAAGAUAA